AUGACGAGAAACUUUGACGUCCUCAUCGUUGGUGCCGGCCCUUCCGGUCUAGUCACGGCGUUGUGGCUAGUCAGGCAAGGCGCCUCUGUCCGCAUCAUCGACAAAGCAAUGUCGGACGUGUCGACCUCUCGGGCACUGGCCAUUCAAGCACGAACCCUGGAGCUAUACCGCCAGAUCGACAUCGCCGAAGACGUCGUUGCAAAUGGACACAAGAUAAAAGCAACGAAUGUCUGGUCUGAGGGCAUCCGUCGGGGGCAUAUCCCCAUCGGCGACAUCGGCACCGGGCUAACGCCGUAUCCAUUCAUUCAUAUCUUCUCGCAGGAUCAGCAUGAGAGACUCCUCGAGGACCGCCUCAAAUCGCUCGGUGUUCACGUCGAGCGAGGCCUAGAGCUUGUGGACUUCACGGAAAACGACUCUUCCAUAACAGCUCAAUUGCGGUCCACCGACGACAAGAGCAACGGUGAAACAUGCAAAGCCGCCUUCAUUGUUGGUUGUGAUGGAGCGCAUUCGGCUGUUCGUCACAGUGCCGGGAUUGAAUACGAGGGAGAGACGUACUCCCAUAUUUUCUUCGUCGCCGACAUCGAGGGAAGUGGGCCGGCAAUCAACGGCGAAGCGCACGUUACUUUCAACCAGUCCGAAUUUAUGCUGCUGUUUCCAUACGAUGCUUGCCGCCGAGCCCGCAUAUCUGGCGCCAUUGAUGAUGAAACGGCAGAGAGAAAAGGAACCAAUAUCAGCUUUGAGGAGGUUGCACCACAGAUGAAGCACUCGUUCAACUUGCAAAUCGACAAGAUGAACUGGUUCUCCACGUAUCGAAGUCAUCAUCGGGUAGCAGCAUCCUUCCGCAGAGGCAGAGCAUUUCUGGUUGGCGAUGCUGCGCAUAUUCAUAGCCCUGUCGGUGGACAGGGAAUGAACACUGGUAUCGGAGACGGAAUCAAUCUCGCCUGGAAGUUAUCAGCAGUCAUCAAGGGACAAGCAGGUUUAUCUUUACUCGACACCUAUGAGGCAGAGCGCCGCGCGUUUGCACUUCAACUUGUUAGCACAACGGACAGGGGCUUCAAUGCUACCAUUUCACAAAGCUUCUUCGCCCGUACCCUGCGGACUCGCGUCGUCCCUUUCCUUGCGCCCUUGCUCACAAAAAUCGAGUACAUCAGACACAGCGUGUUUCGCAAAGUGUCCCAGAUCAUGCUCGAUUACCGGCACAGUAGCUUGUCUACUGGCACGGCCGGAUACGUUCAGGGCGGUGACCGUAUGCCAUGGGCAGCUGUCGGCGAGGUGGACAACUUUGAGAGCCUGAAAUCGAUCGCCUGGCAGGUCCAUGUGUAUGGAGUGGCCACGCCGGAACUGACUCAAUGGUGUCAGAGCCGGAAUAUCCGUUUACACAACUUUCCCUGGAAUGAGCAGUACGUGGUAGCGGGUUUGAGAGCUGACGCAGCGUACUUGAUCCGACCAGAUACCUAUGUCGCAGUCGCGGAGCCAUCGGGUGAUCCUCAGAUUUUCGACCAGUACUGUGAAGAUAAUGGGCUUCGAUGGCUUUGA